AUGGCAGAAGGGCAGGUGGCUGUAAUGCAAACUGGUACUGGGCAAGUCCAGUUGGUGCAAGUCAAUCCUGCCAGCCAAGUACAACAAGUCAUUCAAGGAGCUAAUGGACAACAAAUAGUAGUUCACACUGUACCACAAGCGACUAAUCAAAUUCAAGUAACUCCAGCUGGUGGACAAAUUCAAGUGGUACCAGUUCAGAGUUUACAAGCAGCAGCUCCUCAACAAAUAGUAUUUCAACCGCAGCAAGCUCAACCACAAAUAAUUCAGACUGCAGAUGGUCAAACAUAUAUUUAUCAACCGACAGCAUUAGAAAAUACAGUCCAACCGACUGUUUUGAAUAUAAAUGGUAACUUAGUUCAAAUUACUCCUACUCCGACUAAUACAGCAGGAACUGUCACUACUGGUGUUCAGCAAGCUAAUAUUGUAGUUACUGAUGGUGGUUUGCAAGUAGCUGCCAAUAAUGCUUUUCCAAGAGUUCCUAUACCAGUUGCAGCAGAAUUUUUAGAAGAAGAACCUUUGUAUGUAAAUGCAAAGCAGUAUCGAAGAAUACUUAAAAGGAGGCAGGCAAGAGCUAAACUAGAAGCUGAAGGAAAAAUUCCAAAGGAAAGACCUAAAUACCUUCACGAAUCUAGGCACAGGCACGCCAUGAACAGGAUAAGAGGAGAAGGUGGAAGAUUUCAUUCUGGUUCAGUUAAGAAAAAAAACAUUAAAAAAACAGAAAAUGUAGAAAUAAAUAAUAAGAAUACACUUGUAAGUUUUAAUUUUUAA